AUGUCUCCUGCAAGCACUACAGCCCGCGUGUACGAUAUCACUAGUGAUACCGCUACAUUGCCCACGGAUGAGAUGUUUGAGGUCAUGAAAAUGGCAUCUCGUGGUGAUGAUGUGUUCCAGGCUGAUGACGAUGUCAAGGCGCUUGAAGCGUACAUGGCUGAUCUAUUGGGUCAUGAAGCUGCUUUGUUUUGCGUUAGCGGCACUAUGUCCAACCAACUUGGCUUACGUACCAUCUUAACACAGCCCCCUCAUUCCGUGUUGAGUGAUGCUCGAGCACACAUCCAUGUUCAUGAGUGUGGUGGUCUCAGCUAUCAUUCACAAGCUAGCGUGACUCCUGUAAUGCCAAAGAAUGGUAUUCAUUUGACGGCUGAAGACGUUCGUGCCGCCAUUGUCACUGAUGAACUUUGCGGUGCUCCCACCAAAGUGAUUGGUCUUGAAAACACAUUAAAUGGCAUGGUGAUGCCUAUUGAAGAGAUCAAACGUAUUCGUCAAGUCGCUGAUGAGUUUGGCCUAUUGAUGCAUUUGGAUGGUGCUCGUCUUUGGAAUGCAAGUGCCGCUUCGGGCGUUCCAUUGAAGGAGUACGGCAAGCUUUUUGACACCGUGUCUGUUUGCCUUUCCAAGGGUGCUGGUGCACCUAUUGGUUCCAUUCUUGCUUGUAACAAGGAACGUAUUCGCAAAGCUCGUCACUUACGCAAAUUGAUGGGUGGUGGAUGGCGUCAAGCUGGUUCGUUGGCUGCCGCAGCACGUCAUUGUAUCGAUACUGUUGUUCCCACCCUGCCACAAACACACGCUUUAGCCUCGCGUCUUGCCAAGCAUUUGCAAUCACUGGGUAUCAACUUGGUGUUGCCUUGCCACACCAACAUGUUGUUCAUUGAUGUUUCACCAGUCGGCCUCACAAUCGACACGCUAGCUGCCGAGCUUAUCAAGAAAAACAUCAAGAUUAGUGCCACACCGGGCGCAACCGUUUCUCGCAUUGUGCUGCAUUACCAAAUCCCCGCUGAAGUAAUUCAAGACUUUAUGGAUGUCGCUACACAAGUUGUCAAGGAGCAUGGCAAACCAGUGACCACAUCUAUCAAAGAUGGCAUCGCUGCAUCCAACAAUGGUCACCCUGUGCCAAACUUGGCAGCUGCUUAUCCUUCCGGAAACAAUUAG